AUGGAGGAUGCUUUCAAAUUACUCUUGGCUUCCUCAUCAUUCGUAUUGGUGUUUGGAUUGGUGUCCAAAUACAUAAAGGAGAAACUGUUGCUGUCAGAACCUUUGAUUUCUGUGUUGGUUGGAAUAUUCCUUGGUCAUAGUGUGUUGGGCGUCCUAGACAUGAACAAUACAUACUCAAAAGCUGCAAUGUACAACUUCUCAAGAGCUAUCCUUUGUAUUCAGACAAUGACUGUGGCAAUGUCUUUGCCUAAAAACUAUGUAAUGGCAAAAUGGCAGUCGGUAUUUGUUCUUGUGGUUGUUGUUGGUAUGCUUAAGUGCAUGUUUUCAUUUGGCAUGAUCUACCUAUUUAGUGGAUAUAGCAAACUUAUUUCAUGGUCCAUUGCAUCGUGUUUAACUCCUACAGAUCCAAUCCUGAGCUCUAGCAUUAUCCAAGGAAAAGUUGCUACUAAACUGGUUCCUGAAAGAAUAAGAUUGCUACUUGCAGCAGAAAGUGGGAUAAAUGACGGAAUGGGAAUCAUCCUUCUAUUUCUUGGAUUGAAUAUUGCCACAAACAACAUCCGUUCAUUCAUUAUUGACAACCUGUUUCUCAAGGUUUUUGUUUCUGCAGUGGUGGGCCUUUUUGCUGGCAUUGUUUCAAGACAGGCACUGAGAUACUGCUACACAUGGAAACUCGUUGGUAUGGAAUCAUUCUUUGUGCAUACCAUUGUUCUUACGGUGUUCUCGAUGUCAUUCAUGGAGUUCAUUGGAGGAAGCGAACUCAUAUGCAUAUUCUUUGCUGGAAUAAUGUUUUCUUUUGAUGAGUGGUUUAUACUAGAAAUCAAGAACUCAAAUCUACAAGAAAUCACAGACACAAUCUUAAGCACUUCAUUCUUCAUGUUCUUUGGAUCGAGGAUAUACUUCGAAAAAUUCACUGCAUUCAAUGUAGGCAUUUCGUUGGCUGUUAUAUUUAUCAGAAGGCCUCUUAUCUGUAUGAUGCUAUACAAGUGCAUUCCAGAACUUAAAUCUCUCAAAGAGGCUUUGUUCGUUGGAUGGUUUGGCCCAAUAGGCGUGGGCUCGCUUUAUUAUGCUCUUCUUACUGACAAGAUCCAAGACUCGCUUACAAUAGACUUUGUAACCUGCACUGUUUUUAUGAGUGUCAUUAUCCAUGGCAUAACAGUGCCAAUAUAUACAUACAUAAUUACAAAUAAGAUUGAAAGUGCAGAUAUAGACAUUAAUCACAUGGUUUUAUAG